AUGGAAUCUUCCAGCAGGAAUGGUGAUGUUUUCUAUGAAAGCACUCUGGGCUGGAUUUGGUUCCCAGGCUCUGCUCCCAGCGGAGCUGUGUCCUUCUGGAAUGCCUAUGGGAAUAGGUGGGAAUAUCCUUGUAAAGUAUCAGACUGUUCCGCUGGCUACUAUAGCCCAAGCCGUGGCCCCUACUGCUUCUACCCUUAUGGAAACAAAGAAUACUCAUCUUCCCAGUUCUGGAUUUUGGUGAAUGGCCAUAACUUUGAAUCACUGAGCUGGAGAGAAGAUUCAUUUGGUGACGUUCCACCCAAUUCCAUCAAUACCUGUGCAGGUACAAGACUGUAUGUGGGGAAAAAUAAAUAUGGCUUAGGGAAGGUGGAUAGCAAAAAUAAAGCUUUCUUCUUAGGUUACCAGGGCAAAGAGUACUGGUAUAAAUACUAUGAUGUCCUGAUUAUUAAAAAGGACUAUCGGUCUCAAACAAUUGACAAUGCCAGGUAUAAUUUCAACCAGGGGUCGUACACUGAUGUUGGAUCUCUGAUCUUAACCACUAGCAAAGUCAACAACUAUGAAUGCAGUGCAGUUAAGAAAAUUACCAGCCUAGCACAGAUGGUACAAAAUGAACACAGCUGGGACAUUGGCAUGUCCAUCUCAAGCAGUGUGAAUUUUGGCAUGACAAUUGGCAUACCUGACUACAUUGGGGUAUCAUGGGGUAUCACAAAGGAGAAACACUUUGAUUGGAGGAAGGGCUCCACUCAGUCUGAAUCUGUCACUUUUACUGAACAGGUAGAGGUCAAUGUCCCACCCAACCACAGCUGUGAGGUGGAAAUGUAUGGCAUGAGAAAGAGAGGAAGCAUUCCCUUCACAGCCACAGCAACUCGUUACUACCGCAAUGGGGAGACACGAAGUGCCACAGUGCAAGGAGUCAGCUACAAUACAGUUGUGGCUCAAGUGCAGACAGUGGUGAGGAGGUGCAUCCCUAUCCCAGAUGUAACUCCAUGCGACACACAAGUAGAAAGAAGAUAA